CGAGCGUGGUACUGGUCACCCACCCCGUCAUAGGUGCUCGCUAACAGCAUUUUGCUCCAACAGUCUAAGGACUAUACAGGGAGUUAGUUCUGUGUCUUUGUGCAGGGAGUGCUCCUUUGCCCACUGUUCAGACGCCGUCACCACCACCACUACGAACAAUACAAUGUGACGUCUCCCGCGCGUGUAUUCCUCCCCAAACAAUGCACGCAAACGGCAGCUGCUGCUGCUUCUGCUGCGGCGUCGAUUUGCAAAGUCAACAAAUUCAACUAUUUAAUCGUCAUGCCUCGUGCCAACCAGAAGUAAGAUCAUUCGAUAUCGGGGCUGAGCGGUGGCGUAUUUAUAACUGAACUGGUCAUGCCCACCCCCCCACCUCAAUCCAUCCCCAAAGCACUCACAAAUACUGGUGAAUUAUGGUCAAAGAAACCCCAUGCCUGACACGGCGUGGGAAAGACCUUCAUCCACCAGUGGAUUGACAGAGGGGCUGAACCACUUGCCGUGGUGCUGUGUGGUACCCGUCAGCCCAUCGUCAUAUUUCUUCACCCAGGUUGGGCUAUCGGGGUCGUCAUAAGAAUACCUCUCCAUGUGGGAGUCUCGCGGAGCGCUGCACCAACUUCGUGAACGAUCACAAUGAAGAUCAGCAGGAUGGAAGAGGCCGACGAGGUCAUCCAAGAAAGCUCUGGGGAGGAGCGUAAAUGGACAUGCGGGCGAUAGUUCUGAUCACCUCCCUGGUUGCCUUCGCAGCGUUGUCCGUACAAGCAUACAAUGUGAUACGUGAAAAUGUUGCUCAGUAUGGAGUGGCCACGCAGUCGAGCACAUACCCUUACCGGAUUGCAAACGCAUCCUUGGCCAUUGAUGGGAACAUGUCGUCUUCUACUGAGAUUUGCACGAGCACUAUCUUCGAGGCGCAUCCCUGGUGGAGCCUAGAUCUCAAAGUUAAGAUGCCCGUGUAUGCUGUCACGAUCACUUUCCGUGGCAACUACCUCUAUCAAUUCACGAACCAGUGCCAACUGCUCCUUGGGAAUUUGAGUGACAGCAGUGCGGCCGACAACAUUUUCUGUCAGACUCUGAGUAAUGCCAAGAUGAACACCACGACGACUUUCAACUGCAGUGGGCAGGCAGCGCGCUUCAUACACAUAGUGUCCAAGGUGGACAACUUCCUCUACCUGCAGCUGUGUGAGGUCCAGGUGUCAACAAUUCCGCUCCAGCCAAAUAAUGGCCCCGUAAUCUAUGGAAGCGCGCAGCAGUCGAGCAACGCCAACACCCGUUCGGUGGCCUCGCUGGUCCUCGACUCAUCGCACAAUGUCAACUUCUGCCUGGGAUCGUGCAGCCAGACGGCCAAGGAGUGGGAACCCUGGCUGAGGCUGCAACUCGACCGCCCAUACAUGGUCUCGAGCGUGGGCAUCGUCAACCGCAAUGACACUCAGGGGCUCCGUCUCUUCGGAGCCGAGAUCCGUGUGGGCAACUCGAAGGCCAACGGGGGCAAGGGAAAUGCACUGUGCGCUGAAGACAUAUUUGUGCCUCUGGGGAGAUCACGCGACUAUCCGUGCCCCUUCCUAAAGGGCCGCUUCGUCUCCAUCAUCAUCCCAGGCAGAGUCGACUCGUUGAGCCUCUGUGAAGUGAAAGUCAAUCUCAACACCUAUGCCAUCAAUUUCAACAUCCUCUACUGAGACACCAUCACCACAACCAACCACAAUAACAUUACAACAACCAUCAAUGCCACCAAACCCUCUACAGCAACAAGAAUGCCAUAACCAAAAGCAUUUCUUCUAAUACAACAACGCCAACAGAACCACAACUACCACAAAAGCCUCUACUUAGAAAACACCAGCACCCACUACUGAGAUUGACGCAACCACCACAACCAACAUCUGAGACUUCUAAAUCUUAGACACUCCACAGCACUAAAGCAAAUUGCACCGAGGAGAAAGAGAACUCACACGGUUUUCACUCACUUUUAAUGCCAUAGACUACUGGAAUUCCAUCAAUUCAAAAAUAUCAGUGGUUUACUCUUCUCUCUAAAUUACGUUUAUAAUGCCAAACUGUCGAUUCUUUAUGACAUAUAUGCAUGUUUGUAUACAUAUUAGUACAAUAGAGAACGUAUAUAUCUGUUCAUUAUUACGUAACUUAAGCAGUGGAUUGGUGGAAGGCUUAUCACAAUAGGUAUAAUUUGCAUAAGUACCAGUACAAAACAUUUGGUAAAUUGAUAUCUGAAUGAUGGCCUCCUCACACCGUGUGAACGAUGAGUAUUUUCUGACAAUACUUUACCACGUUUAUUAGUAUGGAUUGAUGAUGAUGGGAAGCAUAGUAUAUCACAAUUCAUAAAGGUUUUUGGGUUAAAUCACGUAAACAUAGUGUGUCGUGAACCCACCACCACCUGACAGCCAAUUAUUGAGGGUUGUCACGUGAACAAAACGUGCUAAUUAUAUAAUUACUUCAGCGCAUCGGUGGAAUGGGAAGUAAAUCCACAACAUUUACACUAUCCAAGCUCAACCCAUUUCGGUUUCUGAAGGCUGACUUUGUCGGCACAUUUUAGAUAGUUGAGUGAAACAACUCGUGAGAGUAAUGCUUGCCGCUUAAAGUUACGAAUGCCGUCUGUUUGCCGUGCAAUUUGUCGCCCUAAGGAUUUACAUUGACUGGGAGCUUAAAUCUUAAAGCGCCUUAAUAUCACAUGUCAUAUCAAUCAUUCAGAUAUCUCGCUGCAGUUUUCUUUAAUGUUUAUGUAAAGGACCCCGUUAUUGACAGCUGUAGAUGUGCGGUACAAUGCGACCCAGAACUAGCCUCUAUGUGGGCAUAGGUAUUUCAGCAGGAGCACGAGGUUAUUAGGCAUUCUAAUGAUCACUUUUGCAUUUUUACAAAAUAUCUUUGAAUCUAUAUCUAUGUAACCUUUUGGAAAAAUAUCAAAAAUAUCUGCUCAACCCGAGCUAUACGUGUUCUGAUUCUUGCGUUGUCUUUGUACUGUUCACCUUUUGGUGGUCUCUGGUCUAACACUGGUGUAGAGA